UCCUCUGGGCUGACAAUUUUUCCCUCCUGCUGAAGCUGCUCUGCCCGUGUCCUCAGAGCCGUGUUCCUCUCAGCUGUCUGCGCCACAGCACCUUGCUGAGCUCCAGACAGCCCCUCCGCCCCUUGCCGGGGUCACUGUGGAAGAACCAUGGCAGACACCGGGGAGGGGAAAAAGGAGGAAGCUGAUUAUAAAAGACUUCACAGCUUUCCACUGAUUAGGCACACAGACAUGCCGGAGGAGAUGCGUGUAGAGGCCAUGGAGCUGUGUGUCACGGCAUGUGAGAAAUACGCCACCAACAACGAGAGUGCUGCCAAGAUGAUCAAAGAGAUGAUGGACAAGAAAUUUGGGUCCUCCUGGCAUGUGGUGAUUGGGGAAGGCUUUGGCUUUGAGAUCACUCAUGAGGUGAAGAAUCUGCUGUACAUGUUCUUUGGUGGCAGCCUGGCUGUGUGUGUCUGGAAGUGCUCCUGACAUCUGCCCAGGUCCCACACUCGCUGCCUACAAGAGAAUUCUUCCUUCUCUUGACAGGUUUUUUACAAUCUGGAGGUGGGGAUUUAUUUUUAAUGGUUAAACAUCAAGAUUUUUUUUUUUUGCUACUGACGUAACAGUUUCGUGGGAUACAUAUAGUUGGUGCGUGUGUGUGUAUAAACUUGCUAAGCUGUCCUGUCCUUGAUCAUGGGAUUUCUCAUCUGUCUGUGGCUCUUUCCUUGCUGUUUGAGCCAAAGCAGGAAGGAGGUGGGGAAUAGGUAAUCUCACGACAUGCUGCAGAGCCGUACAGCAGCGCUACGAGGGGCAAGCAAAAGAGAAGAGGUGCUAUCUAGCCCUAUGGUUUUUUUUCUCCCACUUGUUUCACGUCGUGUCCUCUCUUCUCUGCCUUCCCUGCUACUGUGUGAUAUGGCUCUGACCAGCACCUGUCUCUCUUCUCUGGAUGCCAAAGAAUACCUUCUUCCUCCUUUCUAAGAUGCCCAUACAGAACUGGUAGUGCCAAGGGUCCCCCUUCGGGCUGCCCGUGGAGGUGUUAGCCAUAGGUAAGCAGAGUUGGCUUGCCCUUCCCCACUUCUUUUGGGAGGGUACAACAGCUGAGCUGCCUGGGUGUAGGAGGUUGCUAUGCAAACUGCCCCCUCCUUUCUCACCCACCGCACACUGAGAUAGCAUGAAAACACGGGUGGCUGACGAUGCCUGGGGAGUGGGUGAGAGCUAUUCAUAAGGCUCGAAUGCUUCCCUGUCAGUUCUUGGGGGUGUUGCAAGUGCUGUGUACUUUCAGCAUCUUGUUUGGAGGCUGGUAGAGGAAGGAAGCUCCGUGUGAGAUACUACUUGGUCAUCAGAAACCUAACGUCUUUUUGGACUUGCGUUCUUUUAUCCUGUUUCAUUUUUUUAAAGCUGUCAAUGUUGGAGGAUGGAAUGAACGUAAUUUUAUGUUACAUAUACGGCUUAUUUAUAUAAA